AUGGAAAAACUAUUUGAGGGUUUGGAUGAAGAUUCUAACCUUUCGGUUAAGGAAAUGAAAUCCAGAUUCUUAGCAUAUGAAGCUGAGAAACAGAAAAAGGCUGAUGAUCUCCAGAGCGAAAUGGCAGAAAUGAGUGCAAUGCUUAUUAAGAGCCUAAGUGGUGAGACUUCUAGUGGGGUUGCUAUCCCUGUGGAGUCCUACAAACAGAAGGACACCAACCUUGCCCUAAAUUUGCGAAUCCUCACCAAACAAGCAGAUCUAUCCGCAGAUGGUCUUGUCUCUUAUGUGGCUGCUAAUGACAACAUGGCCAAGGAAGGAGAAAGACUCACGGUGAUGAACUGUGUCGAUGGUCCCUCCCACAACCUUGCCUUGAAGGCCAGGGCAUACCAAGAAAGGGAAGAAGUCUAUGAGAUCGAAGAAGAAGAGGAGAUGACUUUAACUAGUGACAUUGGCACAGAUUUUGCUUUGUUUGUCAAGAAGUACAAGAAGAAGUUCCCAAUCUCCUUCAAUGAGAAGAAGAGAACCGUGAGCGCGCUCGCAAUGGCGAUGCGUCUGGGAGUCGUGCUGGCUUUAGCGGCGGUCGUCCUUCUCGCCGCCGCGGCCGUAGCCACGGCGCAAUCAGAUAAUGGCAAGGGCCCUAAGAGCCCACCCAAUGGAAACGGGCCGAAGCCCAAGCCCAAGCCGAAGCAGGUCAAGUGCAAUGUCAACCGCAAGGAGAACCCCUACUGCUUCAACAAGAAGAUGGACUGCCCCGAUGACUGCCCUGAGACAUGCUUCGCCAGCUGCACUGAAUACGACUGCAAAGCUGUUUGCGCGUGCGACCAACCGGGAGCAGCGUGCGGCGACCCACGCUUCAUCGGCGGCGACGGCAACGCGUUCUACUUCCACGGCCGCAAGGAUGCCGACUUCUGCGUCGUCUCCGACCGCGACCUCCACAUCAACGCGCACUUCAUCGGCAAGUCCGGCCACAGCGGCAUGUCCAGGGACUUCACGUGGAUCCAGGCCAUCGCCGUGCUCUUCGACGGACACCACCUCUACGUCGGCGCCAGGAAGACCGGCACCUGGGACGACGCCGUCGAACACCUCGAGAUCACCCUCGACGGCGAGCCCGUGCACCUCCUGGCUGACCAGCUCGACGCUGCCAAAUGGACGUCCAGCCGUGUCCCCGCGUUGUCCGUGACCCGCACCAAGGCGGCCAACGGCGUGCUCGUCGCCCUUGACGGGAAGUUCAGUGUCAGGGUCAACGCCGUGCCCAUCACCGAGGAGGACUCAAGGGUGCACCGGUACGGCGUCACCUCCGACGACUGCCUUGCUCACCUCGAGCUUGCCUUCAAGUUCGACGCGCUCACCGACGACGUCCACGGCGUUGUCGGCCAGACGUACCGGUCCGACUACGUCAACAAGCUCGACGUCAGGGCCUCCAUGCCCACGAUGGGAGGAGAUGCCAGCUUCACCGCUUCCAGCCUGUUCGCGGCGGACUGCGCCGUGGCGCGCUUCGGAACCAUCCGUAGCAACAACGAAGCUUCCGUCAUGUCGGAGCUCGCCGGGAUCACCUGCGCCAGUGGCAUGGACGGCCAAGGCGUGGUGUGCAAGAAGUAA